CUUUACUGAUACCACUUAGCGGCCGAUGUGAAGAUCUAAUCACACCAGCAGGUGCUCGAGCAAAGCGAAGAUCACCUCUGCCAUUUCUAGCAAUGACCAAAUUCAUCGACGAUGAAAAUUUUUUGCAAAUGUCCCCAGAAGAUUUUCCGCAUACUCACGAUGAAGAGGUCAUUGAUCUGAAGACUUUCGUCCAGCUGAUGGUGCAAUUCUACAAAAUCGGUUGGAUGAGAGGAAGUGGUGGGGCAUUGGGCUGCAUUGCUAGGGAUAAACUCUUCAUUUCACCAUCUGCAUUGCAAAAGGAGAGGCUGAAAACGUCGGACAUCUUUAUCUACGAUCUGCGAAGUAAACAGGAAGUCCAACGGCCAUCACAUGCAAAAGUUGAUGUGUCAUCAUGCUCCGUCUUAUUUGCUUUAGUUAUGAAACAAACAGGAUCGAAGUGUGUUAUUCACACUCAUGGGAAGGCUGCCAAUCUUUUGACCCAGUUACUGAGGGAUAAGGAUGCAUUUGAGAUUUCACAUCAAGAAUACAUAAAAGGUGUUUAUGAUCCUUUCACCGGCAAGAACUUGAACUACGAUGACACGUUGACAAUUCCCAUCAUCGAAAACCAAACAAAGGAAGAGCAUCUGCUGCCAGCUCUGGAAGAAUGCUUAAAAGUAAAUCAACGUACUUGUGCCGUUCUUGUGAGAAAUCACGGUCUAUUCGUUUGGGGAACAACAUGGGAAAAAGCGAAAAUAAUGGCGGAGUGCAUCGACUACCUUCUGGAUUUGGCCAUUGAUAUGAUUCGAUGUGGAAUUCCUCUCGUUAAAGAUUCUACUAUGGAAAGAUCAGUCGAUCCUGACGAGGAGUAUCGGCACAUAUUCUAUGCUCAGUAGGAGGGAAGUGUAGUCACUAAGAUUGUCAUUUCGUGGAACGGGUUGAAUGUUCGCUUUUCUUUGCUUCUGCUCAGGGUCAUACACGCUAAAAAAUGAAGAAAAUUGUUUUCCUUCGCAAAUCUCAGAUUUUGUUGUUCUCCAAUCUGGU